AUGCUCGAUUCCGAGACCCAUCUCAUAGCGAAUCAAGAUCUAACCUUUUAUUUCGGAUUUGAGGUGAGGGAUGUUAUGAAGAACUUGAAAUACUUAAGGCGUACACUCAAAGCUAGCAAAGAGGGGAUCUUUAAACUUACUGUUGGUGAAAUGUGCAACAGGAACCCAAGAACCAUAAGUGCAGAAAGAAUGGCUGUUGAAGCAAUGAAGAAGAUGGACGUUCCUCCAUCCCCUGUUCAGUUGUUGCCUGUAAUCGAUGAAGACAACAAGUUGAUAGGUAUUGUCACACUACAUGGAUUGGUGUCAGUUGGGCUUUGA